AUGGCUGUACAGGUUGAUGUACAGCUGCUCUUGACCUUCCACCCAGAGAUUUUAAAUCGUAAAGAGGUCACAAUGGUAACUGUAUUGUUUCAUAGAGCGCCACUGAUACAGAGAGGAGAUCAUGAAAACGUGGACUCCGGAGCAGAAACUGCAGAAUCUGACUCCAGCAGGAUGUCCUCAUCUACCACUGAGGUGACCAGACGGCUCAGGCAGCAGCAGUUACACAGCACACUUUUGUUACAUUUGCACUUGUUGGCCAACCCUGGAGACUCCCUGCUCCUGCAGCAGACCCUGGACCAACUGCUUCGCUGGCUCUGCCCCAGCCUCCGCAUCUUCCAUGUGUCAGAGAGGGCAUCUCCUUACAGAACCUACACUCGCUUGUGUCCUGUGGCGGGCUAUCCGUCUGUAGCCAUCACCUUCUUCCUUCAUGAAGCUUAUGGCGAAGAGAGAAUCCUUAAGGUCCUUGACUUCUUGCAGCAUCCUCCGUGGCAGUAUCACCACACAGAGAGCUGUGGUAGUCGCACAGGAGGAGUUCACAUCUCCUCCUGUAGCUCUCCUGCCAACCCCUCCCUUAGGCCCUACCUCCUGCCCAGCAGAGACUUCUACAGUCUGGGUGCAGGUAUGCCUGUGUGGGGAGUGCGCCCUGUGCAUUGUGGAGGAGAAAUCCUACGUGUCACACUUUACAGUGCAUAUGAUAACUAUGAGGACUCAGUGAGGCUCUAUGAGACAGUAUUGCAACGACAAGCAGAGGAACAAAAGACAGGCUUCUGCUGGUUCACCCUUCACACAGAGCCAGGGCUGAGCCUGCAGCUUGCUAUAAAGCAGUUGUCACCAGGGGUGCGAGUUGAGCCAUGCAACUCUGCUGUGCUGCAGUUCAAUGUGGAAGAAAUUGGACAGUUGGUUCCUCUGCUGCCUAAUCCCUGUACUCCUAUCAGCCCAACACGCUGGCAAACUGAGGACCUGGAUGGAAACAAGGUGCUCUUCCAGGUGAAAACCCUGGUCCAACCUCAGCGACCUCUGACCUGUGCUUUCCCACUGGGCAGCUCUGCCUUGUCCUCUCAAGGGCUACAGCUCAGCAGCAUGCCCCCGAGCAGGUUCAGCAGUGCCCUUUCCUGGCAUACACACAGACAAGGACAUAAAGCCCGAGAUGGUGACGGAGGAGCAGACAGUUUUGGCUCAGGUAGUGGGUGCAGCAGUCCCCCUGGCAGUUCCUGUUACUCGUCCCAGCGCAGCAGUCCUGCACCAGUGGCCCCCUCCCAUCAGACAGAGUCCCCUCUACGCCCCCACAUCACACGCUCUCUGUCCCACCUGCUCCUGGAGGAGGACGAGGAGGAGACCAAUGUGGAUACAGGUGACCUGGUGUCACCUCUGCAAGGCAUUGUUCCCAAAAGCAUCAGGCGCUCUUCCUCUGUAGACCUGCUGAUGAGUGUGAGCUCUGAGAGGCCAGCUGCAGUGGGGGCCUCAGCAGUGGAAGUGCUGGCUAAAGAACUGAGCGAGUGUCUGCCCCGGACCCCCAGCACUACUGUACAUACUGUACACGGUCCUAGAUCCAAUGGGACCAACAGGACUAACCCUGAGCCCCCCACACCGCUGUGUCUGAAAGCAAACAGUGAAGACAGCAUGGAUGAGUUCUACAUAUGAACCCUGUCCAGGGCAGGACACAUGUGGAACAAGGACUGCUUCAAACGUUUUUGUCAUAUGAAAUAUGAGAUUUAUAUGUUUUAGAUAAAAGGUCCACUCAAAGUAUUAGCAUUAGUAGAAGUAUAAAUU